AUGGGGUCUGGCUCGAGCACCAGAGCCCCCAGGGGCGAGGCAGCGGCCCGCCCCGCCCCGGCGAGGCCCAUGCUCGGCUGCUGCUCCGGGCAGCAGGGCCUUGCCGGGGGCAGCGCCGUCGAGGUCGCGGCCGCGGCGCCCCCGCCAGAGGAGGAGGCCGCCGCGGCCGGGGUGGAGAGCGCCGCGCCCGCCGGGCAGGAGGCCGCCGCGGCCGGGGCGGAGGGCGCCGCGCUCGUGCGGAGCGUGUCGAGCAAGAGCUUGGCGACGGACCGGCCCGAUGGCGACCUCGUGGUGAAGAGGCAGAAGUCGUGGCUGCCCGACGAGGCCGCGGCCCCCGGUGGCCUGCGCGUGCGCACCGCGGCGGGCAGCGUGGUGGUGUCGCUGGCGCUCGAGGAGUGCGCCGGCAUGCCCGUGAAGCUGCUGCGGCAGAGGCGGGGCUCCGUCGGGCCACGUGAAGCUCCUGCUGGCGGCGAGGCAGCUGAAGGACCGGACUCCGAGAAGCUCGACGACUUCGUCAACCCGGGCGAGGUGCAGGAGAUCCUCAUGGUCGCUUCGCUGGUGCCCCGACUCGAUCCCGAUAGGCUUCCGAUUGAUCAACUGGAUGCCCUGAAGGGCAUGAUCAUGUCGGACUCUGUCGAGUACCAGCUGGACGGAGUCACCCACGUGCGGAAGCUGAUCUCUACAGAGGACCCUCCGCUACAGAGGAUUAUCGACAUGGACAUUGUUCCGCGCCUGGUCCAGUUGACCGGGGAGCCAGACGACACCACGCCGGCUGUUCAGUACGAGUCGCUCUGGGCGUUGACAAACAUCGCCGCUGGCUCCAGCAACGAGACCAGGGUCGUGGUGGACGCCGGCGCGCUGCUUGCCUGCAGAAGGAUCCUCGAGGAGCCGCCGAGCGACGAAGUUCUCGAGCAGGCCAUCUGGGCCAUCGGCAACAUCGCGGGCGACUCGUCCGUCUUCCGCGACGCGGCGCACGAGGCGGGCGUGGUGGAGCCUCUCCUCCGGGUGCUCGAGCGCGACCUCCAGGACCGCCCGUCGCUCCUCCAGCAGGGCGCGUGGGCUCUGUCCAACCUGUGCCGCUUCAAGCCGCCGCCCGACGUGGAGUUGCUGGCUCCCGCGCUCCCAGUGCUCGCGAGGCUGCUGAGCCAAGAGAACCCCGAGGUGCAGACGGACGCUGCCUGGGCCACCAGCUUCAUCUGGAUGUCUCCGAUGGCGACGACGAGCAGAUCCAGCUGGUUGUCGCGGCGGGCGUGUGCCCGCGCCUGGUGGAGCUCACCCUGGUGGAGCCCUCGGUGUCCGCCGUGCGUGUGCCAGCCCUGCGAACGGUGGGCAACCUGGUCACCGGGUGCGACACCCAGACCCAGAGCGUGCUGGACGCUGGUCUGCUCCCGGCCCUGGUCAGACUGCUGCGGGAUGACGAGGUGA